CCCACACGACAGAGAAGCAAAUGAUAACUGACAAACAAAAGGAGAGCCAAAGCCAAAGCCAAGGCCUUGUCUGACAUGCCUCAUCUUCUACCUUAGUCCUGGAAUUGGAUUCUCCAACCCUCCGAAACCGUGCUGUUUUACGUCAGAUAGCUUCAAAUUGAUCCUAUCGAUGGUACCCAGUACUUGCCCAUCUUCAUCAAACUUUAUCCAAACCAAUCCAAUCUCAUUCAGUAUCUCUCUUUUGAUCCUUCACUAAAGAAGCAUUUUGGCUGUAGUUAGAGUGACUGGUUCGUCCCUGGUUGGCCAGAAAAGCCAGCCUUACCAGGAUGCCAAAAGAUUGCCAGCUUCAUAAGGCCGAGCAUUAGUAAAAUGUGUCAAAGAAAAGGAGAGUGAUGGCGGCAGCAGAACUGAGAGCUGCAUGGCAGAGAACAGCUAAUCGGUGCUUUGUCCAAGAAGAUGCCAAAAGAGCUCCCAAGUUAGCUUGCUCCCAGUCAUCAUCUUCAGCAUUUAAACAGGUUGAUGCUGAACCUACCAAUGCAGUAGAUGGGCCAGAUCAUCCUGCCUUGGGUUAUAUGCCUCUUAAUAGGAAUCCUUCGCUUUCAAAUCUACCCCCUGACACACAAUGGUGGCUCCAAGUGCAUUCUAGCUAUGGGUACCAAAGGGAUUUAACAUAUGUUCAGGUAAAUGAAUUGGAGGCAAUAGUGGAAAUCUCAAGAGGAGCUGGCACUGAAAAUUCAACAACUAAGUUUGAUGAGGUCGAGUCGCUAAAAUGGGACAUUGUUCAUGUUGAUGAUCACAAGAACUGUGAGUCUUUUCUUGAUAUGCAAUGUGGUCUCUCUGUUUCUUGUAUGAAAAACACUCCUGGAGUCGGAAAACAAGAGGUAAAGGCUCUGUAUGGUAAGAAAUCCGAGGAAUAUCUUGAACUACUGGACACGAGGGAGAAAUAUGAACUUAUGCAUAUAGAUCCUGUUGGUUUUCCAGUUUCCAAACAAGGCAAUGAGGUUUGCGAAGGUCCAGAGUGGUUAGGGGCUGAUAAGACAGAGCCGUGGUGGCGAACAACAGAUAAAGACGAAUUGGCCUCAUUGGUCACGAAGAAGUCACAUAACCAUAUUGAGAAUUGUGAUCUUCCCCCACCACAGAAAUUGUAUGUUAGGAGACACCCAUAUGAGCAUAUUGGGUGCUUUGACGAUGAUGAUGCAUUGGCAUCAUCUUUUGAUCGGAAGGCCCAAACUCAUGCGCAGGGUUGUCCUGUUUCUGGGGAAACACAUGUAGACCAGGGGGUUUCUUGUGAAGAAGUCAUUCAGCAGUUUUAGUACAAACAGCAAGGAUAUGACAGGGAUGCAGCAAGUCUCUGAAGGUGACACUGGCAAAGCUCAGCUGAUGGAAGCACUCCACCAUUGCCAAACGCGUGCAAGGGAAGCCGAAAAGACAGCAAAGCGGGUUUAUGCUGAGAAGGAGCACAUUCUUAAACUCUUCUUCAGACAAACUGCACAACUUUUUGCCUAUAAGCAGUGCUUCCAACUUCUGCAGCUAAAAACCCUUCCAUGGAUGCCGUACAAAGGUAGGAAACAGCAGAAGAGCUGGCAGAAGGCUACAGGGGGGAAAAGAGUCAAGCGAGGGCGACCACAACAUGAUCUCACAAAAUACGCUGUUGCUUUUGCAUUGGGAUUGGGUCUUGUUGGUGCUGGCUUACUCGUGGGAUGGACUGCAGGGUGGAUGUUACCUCCUUUCUAGUGUACAGAGCUAGCAAAACCCUGCUUCUUGUGAAGAUUGAUUUACAGGGGGGAAGUAGUCGCUAUGAUUUUGUAUUUUAUGCAUGUAUUCACUUUGAUUCUUAUUUUGUCUGAUGUAGAUUCGCUGUUAUACCUUGUUUACAAAUGUGUGAUGAGAUACAUGUAAAUAAGGGGAAAUGUUCUGCAACACAAA